AGAAACCUUCAACUCUCCAACGCCAGGACCAAAAACCAACAGCCACAACACGUCAGGAGAAGCCAAGCACUCGAAGUCGCGCCCAGUCACCAGGGGCAGCCAAGACGAGGCCAGAGGGACGUCCAGCAUGGUCCGGGAGCAGAGUGCGCAGUGAGAGUCAAGUGAGAACACAAGAGAGGCCGCCAGUGCAGACAGCCUCCAUGACGCCCACAGCGACGGGAAGACAGGAGACGAAGGAAGAGGGAGAAGGACAGGGAGAGAAAGGAGAAGGAGAAGAAGGUGAAGGAGAGGAAGAGGAGGGAGAGGGAGAAGAGGGAGAGGGAGAGGGAGAGGAAGGAGAAGAGGGUGAGGGUGAAGGAGAAGAGAGAGAGGGAGAGGGAGAGGAAGGUGAAGGAGAAGAGGGAGAGGGAGAGGAAGAAGAGGAUGAAGAAGGAGAGGGAGAGGAAGGAGAGGAACAGGAAGAGGGAGAAGAAGAAGAAGGACAGGAAGAGGAAGGAGAAGAGGGCGAAGAGGAAGAAGAAGAAGAAGAAGAAGAAGAAGAAGAAGAAGAAGAAGAAGAAGAAGAAGAAGAAGAAGAAGAAGAAGAAGAAGAAGAAGAAGAGGACGAGGACGAGGACGAGGAAGACGAAGAUGAAGAAGACGAGGAUGAAGGAGGAGAAGAAGAAUCGGAAGAAGAGGAAGACAGUGAGGAGGAGGAAGACUCUGAGGAAGACAGCUCCUCCUCUUCUUCUUCCUCUUCCAGCAGCAGUGAAGAAGAGAGCGAAGAAGAGGAAGACUCUGAAGAGGAAGACGAAGAUAGUGAGGAGGAAGACGAAGAAGAAGAAGACGAAGAUGAAGAGGAGGAGGAUGAAGAUGAGGAGGAGGAGGACGAGGAAGAAGAAGAGGAAGAAGAAGAAGAGGAAGAGGAAGAAGAGGAAGAUGAAGAAAAGGAAGGUGAGGAAGAAGAAGGUGAAGAAGAAGAAGAAGAGGGAGAAGAAGGUGAAGAGGAAGAAGGAGAGGAGGGAGAAGAGGGUGAAGGAGAGGAAGAGGAGGGAGAAGAAGAGGAAGAAGGAGAGAAGGGAGGAGAGGGUGAAGAGGGGGAGGAAGAGGAAGGAGAGGAAGAAGAGGCUGAAGAAGAGGGAGGAGAAGGAGAGGAGGAAGAAGGAGAAGAAGGAAAGGAAGGAGGAAAGGAGGGAGAGGCAGAGGAAGAAGGUGAAGAGGAAGAAGGGGAGGAAGGAGGAGGAGGAGAAGGAGAAAGAGAAGAGGAAGAAGAGGGAGGAGAAGAGGGUGAAGAAGAAGAGGGAGAAGAGGGAGAAGAGGAAGAAGGCGAGGGUGAAGAGGAGGAAGAAGAGGAAGAAGAGGGUGAGGAAGAAGAAGAAGAAGAGGAAGAUGAAGAGGAGGAGGAAGAUGAAGAGGAGGAGGAAGAGGAGGAAGAGGAUGAAGACGAGGAAGAGGAAGAUGAUGAAGACGAGGAGGAGGAGGAAGACUCAGAGGAAGAAGAGGAAGACAGUGAGGAAGAAGAUUCUGAGGAAGACAGCUCCUCCUCUUCCUCCUCUAGCAGUGAAGAAGACUCGGAAGAGGAAGACUCAGAGGAAGAGGAAGACAGUGAGGAGGAAGACGAGGACGAGGAGGAAGACGAAGACGAGGAGGAAGACGAGGAGGAGGAGGAGGAGGAUGAGGAGGAAGAUGAAGAAGAGGAAGAUGAGGACGAGGAGGAGGAAGAAGACGAUGAUGACGAGGAGGAAGAUGACUCAGAGGAGGAAGACAGUGAGGAAGAGGAAGAUUCUGAGGAAGACAGCUCCUCCUCUUCCUCCUCUAGCAGUGAGGAAGACUCGGAAGAGGAAGAUUCGGAUGAAGAGGAAGACAGUGAGGAGGAGGAGGAGGAGGACGAUGAUGAAGACGAGGAGGAGGAAGAUGAAGACGAGGAAGAAGAUGAAGAAGACGAGGACGAAGAAGAGGAAGACGACGAUGAAGACGAAGACGAAGAAGAAGACUCCGAAGAAGAGGAAGACUCAGAAGAGGAAGAUUCAGAGGAAGACAGUAGCUCGUCCUCUUCUUCCUCAUCAUCAUCAUCAUCAUCAGAGGAAGAAUCAGAAGAAGACGAAGACGAUGAUGACGAAGACGAAGAGGAGGAAAACGAAGAGGAGAAGAAGGAGGAGGAGAAAGAUACACGCCCAUAAGAACACCAACAUACAGAAGAGGGAGGUACUGGAACUAUAUAUAUGGAGGGAAGAGGGACAGCAAAACAGACGGAGAACAGGUAACAGAGACUAACCCACACGUAUACAUCUACACACCAGCACCACGCAAGCAGGUAGCACAGGUGACACAAGCACCGCAGGUAACGCAGGUCAGGCCAAACUACCAAAAGAUUCAUUCAGUCAAGGAGCAAACUAAUUAUGAUCGCUUGAGUGAGGAGGAACUGUUGGCUAAAUUUAAUAAGGAUUUUGGUAAGAGACUUUAUAAAACGACGAUUCAUUAUCCAGGGAACUCUAGACAGAGGUAUUAAAGCUGGUGGGAAGUCCAAUAGCUUUAUAUAAGAGCAUUAAGAACAUUAGGGGUGCUGCAGGAAGCCAUCAGGACUACACGUGGCCGUCCAUAUAUUUUUGUACAUACUUAGGAAAAAAAGAAAAAAGAAGAGAUUUUUAUUUGUAUAUAUAUACGUGUAAUAUUCCUAUAGAGACGAGAGAGAAAUUAUUAGUGUGUGUGUGUGUGUGUGUGUGUGUGUGUGUGUGUGUGUGUGUGUGUGUGUGUGUGUGUGUGUGUGUGUGUGUGUGUGUGUGUGUGUGUUUACUCUCGCUUCCAGUUGGUAAUACAAAGGUUAUAGUUUCGACGAAGUUUCCCUUACAUUUCGAUACGUUUUUUAUAAUUACCUGACUUCUAAUUGCAACUCUGAAUAGAAGGCCAAGGUAAGGCGAUGCUACGGAGCUAAUUAACCGCAAAAGAGAAUAAAUGAAACGUAAUAUUAUGAAAUCCUACCUUGUGCUCUUUAAAUUCACUAUAUUUCGUUCGAUUCCAAUAGCAUAUGCUCGAAUUAAUUUUUACAAUGCUCAUUUUUAAACGUUCUUUCAAAAUCGAAGUCAAGUUUUUAGGGUAAACUUUAAGUAAGAGUAGAAUAAUUUUAGGGACACACUUACUAUGAAUAAACGUCUCUCUCUCUCUCUCUCUCUCUCUCUCUCUCUCUCUCUCUCUCUCUCUCUCUCUCUCUCUCUCUCUCUCUCU